AUGUCGUUGGCUAAAAAUAAUAUCAGGUAUUUGGAGCCAGGAAUGCUACAUGACUGGCUACAGACUGGAGUCAAGGUACAAGUCCUUGAUGUGAGGGAUUAUGACUAUAAUGAAGGUGGACAUAUUCGAGGAGCAAUCAACUAUGGAUAUCGGGAUUUUCAAUCCCAGUUGCCUAUUAUAGCAUCUAAAGAGUUGGAAGACCCCAGCUCAAAUGUAUUUGUUUUUCACUGUAUGAGGUCUCAACAGAGAGGUCCCAGAUGUGCAUUGCGGUUCAAAAAAUAUGUAGAAGAGCAUUAUUCAGACUACAAUGUUGUAGUGUAUGUCUUGCGAGGUGGGUAUAUUAAUUGGUACAAUUUAUUUUCUGACUCUCCACUAACAGAGGAAGGCCAGUAG